GCACAGUCAUGCAGGCUGCACGCCCCGCCAUCUCGCGGUAAAUCGCUCAGCCAUAACAGCUGAGUCCUACGGCCGAGGCGCUUGGCGACCGGCUUGUUUAGCUGUUUAAUCGGUAUACUGAACUCAUUCACAACGGCUGUAUGGCAAUAAGCCGUGCGCCCACGAUUUGAAAAAAAAACAAGGCGCUCUUUCCCGAACGCGAAUUCCAUUUUCGAAUUAUCGAAAUCGGCGGUAAAAUUAUUUGUCAUGUCAAUCCUUUUGUGUCAAAUAUUGUGAAUUAUUGUGUUUAUAUAAAUCGCGAGUAUUGUUAAACGUUUAUGUAAAUUAAAACUAUUACAUCUGUAUUUAUAUCAACGUGAUUGUCUUCCAUUUAGUGUUUAUUUAAAUAUUGAAGUUACUAUGGAGAAGGGCGGCGGUUCCAGACUCCUUCAAAUGCAGAAAUCCAGAAUAAAUCGACUGGCGCGCUUCCAGCAGAAACAACUCCAGGAACGUGAACUGAAAAUCGCGUCGCUCUACGAAGCACAACAGGCUCGGGCACUCGACCGUGUAAGGCAUUCGCCGAGCAAUGGCGUGGGGGCCAGCCCACCAGCACAGCAAGUCACGCACCAGCCGGGGAAGGUACGACAAAUGUUCGAAGAGAGACGUACAAAGGGAAUCGACAAGAGUUAUCCUCUGCAACCGAUACAGAACACAGAACGUACGCCUCCUCGCAAGACCUUGCCCAACGGUUACACAAAAGUAUCGAGUACUAAAAGCACUGUUGAAAAGAAAACUUCAAGUACCAAGACUCAUACGAUCAGUUCACACUCUAUUAAGAAACAAAAUGGAACAGUUCAGGUACAGAAACUAGACAACAUGGUCAACGGAUCCGGCGAUCUGAAUCACAAUCACGAAAUCGAUUUGAACACAGCGAAACGAGUGCCACUCAGCAACGGUGAAAUCAUACCAGCGGGAGAUGAAACAGAUCAUGUUAGUCAUGAAAUCAACUAUUUACUGGAAAACGAAACGUUUCCGGAAGCACUCGCGCCGACUCCUACGCCGAGAUCUCCUGAACCAGACGCAGUGAAGAGACCGCAACGAAUAAGUCCAGCUACGAGGCCCAAAAGUCCAGUGAAAAGUAAACCCCAACAAACUGCUGCUGUUGCUCCUCGAAAAGUCGUCACUGAAAAUAAGGUGUCGGAGCGAGAAAACAAUAAACCUAAAGGGGUCAUGCAAAGGGGAGCGAGCUCCGUACUUAAGAAAAAUCCGGUUGCGAGUCCACAAACGAGCGGUUCGAGCAAGACUCGCCUGAGUCCGAGUUCAAACAACGCAGGCGAGGGAGGUUGCUCUAUAUGCGGAAGGCACUUCGCUCCGGACCGACUUCCGAAGCAUCAGGAGAUUUGUAGGAAAACACAUUCCAAGAAGCGGAAGCCGUUCGACGUCCUCAAGCAUCGUCUGGCGGGAACAGAGGCUGAACCGUUCAUCACGAAAUUGCGCAAGAGCACGACAAACCCGUCAACGACGAAAGUGCAGAAGUCCACGAACAGCAAUUGGCGACAGAAGCACGAGGAGUUCAUUCAGGCGAUACGCGCCGCCAAGCAGGUGCAGGCGCAUAUCAAUGCUGGAGGUAAGCUGAGCGAUCUGCCCCCUCCCCCGCCCUCCGAGAACCCGGACUACGUGCAGUGCCCGCACUGCAAGAGACGCUUCAGCCCCGGGGCCGCCGACAGACACAUACCCAAGUGCGCCACCUACCAGUUCAACAAGCCCAAGCAACCACCAAGGAGACGAUAGAACCCUCGCCAGAGAACAGCGAAUAUACAAUAAAGUCUCAAUUCCGAAGACCGCGUCGGAAAGCAGAAAUUGAGAAUAUUUUCUAUAAUAAUUGCCAAUCUUUACGAUGUGACAAAUUCCUUAAAGAUCCAUAUACUAAUUGUAACGAUAC